AUGACUGAGUUCCCAGACCCCAAAAUGGCCGAGGUGUUUAAACGUCGCCCCAGGAAUCUGCCAGAACUGAAAGAGGCAAUACGCCAGGAAAUUCUGCGAAUACCUCAAGCCAUGCUGGAGAGAGUAUACGACAGCUUCAGAGUUCGUCUGCAGCAGUGUAUCAACAGCCAUGAGCACAAUCUGCUCAUGACCGGCCAGUGUGGCUUCAGGGCGGGUCUCUCGACCAUAGAUGCUCUGGAUAAGCUUGAAGCAGUAGUACUGCAUGGAUUUGAGGCUGGAGGCUUUACUGGGGCCACCCUGUGUGAUCUCAGUAAGGCUUUCGACACGGUCGACCAUCGGAUACUGCUGGAUAAAUUUAAUUUUUAUGGAGUAAAGGGCUCUGAACUCAGGCUCAUGGAGUCAUACCUGGCUGGGCAGUGUACUUCUGUAUGGUUUGCGCCUGUGGGGCUCCGCAUCUGGGGUCGAGAGGGUCUUGCUUCUGCAAAAGAAAGCAAUAAGGAUUGUGAAUGGUGCAGAUUAUCUGGACCAUUGUAA